UGAUAACAUUUACCUGGAUAUACUUUUACAACCUAAACUUUGUGGUUUUCGUAUCGCAAAAGAUUCGCCAAUCAUAAUGAAUUCGGCUAAUGAUAAAACGAAUCCAAGAUGGACUCCUCCUGAGAAAUUUCGAGAGGAAGUAUACACAAAAGCCAGUGAAAUAUAUAGCUUUUCCUUAAUCCUUUGGGAAAUCGUUAAUCAUAAGUUACCAUUCCACACCGUUGAUCCUAAAGAUAUUAAAACUAAGGUUCUCAAUGGGGAACGUCCGCAACCUGAAACUAUUAAUAACGUACCAGUCGAAUAUCAAGAAAUAAUGAAGAAAGGAUGGGAUUCGAAUCCAAGAAAACGUCCAACAAUUCAAGAAGUAUCAAAUGUAUUGAACAAAUUAGAUUCAGGAUUACAUGGUGUCAAAAUCGGAGGUUAUGACGAUAACUUUCUCUCGCCAAAAGCUGCUGCAUUCAAAGAUGAUGCUUCGUUUGAAGAUGAUGCUUCUUCGAUACAAUCAGAUUAUUCAUAUGUAUCUUAUAGUGCCGAUUUAAAUGUUACGCCACAU